CUGAGUGGAGAGGGCCACCUAGCAAGAGUUGUGACCUUCAGCCAGGGACUCAGGAGACCACUGUGGCCCAGCAGGGGCAAGGAAGUGGACUGAAUAACCAGACCUCUCCUCCCCCUCUCCAAUCUCCUGCCAGGGCUCUCCAUUGGCUGAACCUAACCAGAAACCAGAGGGUGAGGGAGUUCACUGAUGCAGUUCCCAACAGGAAGUUGGUGAACCAUCUAAAGAAGAAAAGGCUGUAGCCAAAUAUCUUCGAUUCAACUGUCCAACGAAGUCCACCAAUAUGAUGGGUCACCGUGUUGAUUAUUUUAUUGCUUCAAAAGCAGUGGAUUGCCUUUUGGAUUCGAAGUGGGCAAGGGCCAAGAAAGGAGAAGAAGCUUUAUUUACAACCAGGGAGUCUGUGGUUGACUAUUGCAACAGGCUUUUAAAGAAGCAGUUCUUUCACCGAGCACUAAAAGUAAUGAAAGUGAAAUAUGAUAAAGACAUAAAGAAAGAAAAAGAGAAAGGAAAAGCUGAAAGUGGAAAAGAAGACGAUAAAAAGAGCAAGAAAGAAAAUAUAAAGGAUGAAAAGAUAAAGAAGGAAAAAGAGAAAAAAAAAGAUGGUGAAAAGGAAGACUCCAAAAAGGAUGAAACUCCAGGAACUCCCAAAAAGAAGGAAACGAAGAAAAAAUUUAAACUUGAACCACAUGAUGAUCAGAUUUUUCUGGAUGGAAAUGAGGUAUUUGUGUGGAUCUAUGACCCAGUUCACUUUAAAACGUUUGUCAUGGGUUUGAUUCUUGUGAUUGCAGUGAUAGCAGCAACCCUUUUCCCACUUUGGCCAGCAGAAAUGAGAGUAGGUGUUUAUUACCUCAGUGUUGGCGCAGGCUGUUUUGUAGCCAGCAUUCUCCUCCUUGCUGUUGCUCGUUGCAUUCUGUUUCUCAUCAUUUGGCUCAUAACUGGAGGAAGGCAUCACUUUUGGUUCCUGCCAAAUCUGACUGCUGACGUGGGCUUCAUUGACUCCUUCAGGCCUCUGUACACACAUGAAUACAAAGGACCAAAAGCAGAUUUAAAGAAAGAUGAGAAAGCUGAAGCCAAAAAGCAGCAGAAGUCUGACAGUGAGGAAAAAUCAGACAGUGAGAAAAAAGAAGAUGAAGAGGGAAAAGUAGGACCAGGAAAUAAUGGAACAGAAGGUUCCGGUGGAGAACGACAUUCAGACACAGACAGUGACAGGAGGGAAGAUGACCGAUCCCAACACAGUAGUGGAAAUGGGAAUGAUUUUGAAAUGAUCACAAAAGAGGAACUGGAGCAGCAAACAGAUGGGGAUUGUGAGGAAGAGGAGGAAGAGGUAGAAAAUGAUGGAGAAAAAACUAAACCUUCACAUGAAAAAUCAUAAACUGACUAAUUCUGGGACUGAAUAAGUGCAAGAGGUUGGAUUUUCUAUGUUGGCCAAUCAUCAAAAUGUACACAUGGCAUUUGUAGCAUUCUUUAAAUCCAUUUGCUGAAAUGUAUUUGACAUCAAAUUAGUUACAAUCAGUCCUUCAUUUUAUAGACUAAUAUUAUUGGUACAGUGUAAAGCCAUUUAACACUUAAGUUUUAUCCAUUGAUAAUAAUUUUACAAUAAAUAGAUUUCAUUCCUUUUGAUAGUUAUCAAAGAUGCACUUUCCACAGUAACAUUUAGAUUAAUGGCAUUUUUGAUAGUUAUAUGGCUUUUUACUGUUAGACUAAUCAGAAUAAAAGGGAUUAAAAGAGAAAGACCAACGUUUCCGAUUAUGCAUAGUUAUGUAGCCAUCUCUAAGUUUCUUUAAGAUGAAAUGCUUAAACUUGUUCUUUUGAUAGUUAAGCUUUUCUUUUUAAUUUUAUAAAAUUAUACCAGGACAUUUCUUUUUUAAGAUUCUCAGUUAAUGGGGUUCAAAAGCAUUUUGUGAAAACAUGUCAACUAGUAAUAAUGCAGCAACACUUCUAGUUUAGCUACAAAUUCUCCUUUUCCAACUAAGGAAAUCCAAACUGGUUUGUACAUCUGAUUCAAUAGAAAGAUGUUCAUCUCCAACAAAAAAAAACAAACGGCAUUGGUUGAAAGGGGAUGCCUCUUCUCAUUCCUCCCCAGUUCCUUCUCAUAACAUAAAAUGUAUUCUGUACAUAAUUUACAAAUAAAACAUUUUAUUUUAAUUGUUACUUAUUAUUUAGACAUUUUCUCAAAACUUAAAUUUGUAAAAUUAAGACCAUUUAAGGGUGUUUUCAGAGAAAUGCAAGUUUCAGUAAUCCACAGAACAUCUGUGAUUGAUCUUUCUACAGCAGCUUCAGUUUUGUGCCAAUAUUCCAUGUAGUUGAAUAUGAGUAAAAACUAAUCCUUAUCAAAUAAAAGCAGACUUGCUGUAGCUGUUUGUACGCCUUAAUGUUCAUUUUGAUUUAUUUUAAAUCUCUACAUUGAGAAAUGAAGUACUGUAUUAGACUAGAAGGCACUGCUGUGAAAGAUAAUUUACUGUCCUACAAUAUCAAUUUAAAAUAAAGAACAUAAAAGAAAAAUUAAGAGGAACCAUUGGGCUCUAAUUGCUUUGAACUAGUGCAGUUUGAUCUUAAGCCUUGCAUACCUCAGUUACAAUUCUGUUGGAAAAUUUUUGUGUUUACUUAUGAGAAUUUUAAAAUCAUUCCUUGGAGUUAAUACUCUUAGGAACUGAUAUAAUAAAUAUUAAAUUAUUUUCUUCCAUCA